ACAACUAGUUUACAAAAAUGUCAUCUAACUUAUUUUUUAUGUCCAAUUUACCCUUACAUAGUAGUAGUAAUUAUAUUUCUCCAUUUUCUAGCAAUUUAAUCUUCUCUAGCAGAAGAAAUUUUCUUUAUCAAACACCAUUAAUCUUUAUAUCACCAGAAUUUCCACUUCUUAAUUUGAAAUUUUCAUUAAAUAUGGCUUUCCAAAAGAUCAAAGUGGCUAAUCCCAUAGUUGAAAUGGAUGGAGAUGAAAUGACCCGUGUCAUUUGGAAAUUAAUCAAGGAUAAGCUCAUCUUGCCCUUUGUGGAGUUGGAUAUAAAAUACUUCGAUCUUGGCCUUCCUCACCGUGAUGCCACAGAUGAUAAGGUUACAAUUGAAAGCGCUAAGGCUACUUUGAAGUAUAAUGUAGCAAUUAAGUGUGCAACCAUCACUCCAGAUGAGGCUCGUAUGAAGGAGUUUAACUUGAAGCAUAUGUGGAAGAGCCCAAAUGGGACAAUUAGGAAUAUUCUAAAUGGUACGGUAUUCAGGGAACCAAUCCUCUGCAAAAACAUCCCUCGACUUGUCCCAGGUUGGUCAAAACCGAUAUGCAUUGGCAGACAUGCUUUUGGUGAUCAAUAUCGAGCUACUGAUACAGUAAUUCAAGGAGCUGGAAAACUCAAAUUAGUAUUUGUACCAGAAGGGACGGAUCAAAAGACCGAGUUUGAGGUUUACAACUUCACUGGUGCUGGUGGAGUAGCUCUAUCCAUGUACAACACGGAUGAGUCUAUUCGUUCUUUCGCUGAAGCUUCUAUGAACAUGGCGUACCAAAAGAAAUGGCCACUCUAUCUUAGCACAAAGAAUACCAUCCUUAAGAAAUACGACGGAAGAUUCAAGGACAUAUUCCAGGAAGUUUAUGAGUCCAACUGGAAGUUGAAGUUUGAAGAAGCUGGGAUCUGGUACGAACAUCGCCUCAUCGAUGAUAUGGUUGCUUAUGCUUUAAAAAGUGACGGUGGUUAUGUAUGGGCGUGCAAAAACUAUGAUGGAGAUGUACAGAGUGAUUUCUUAGCACAAGGAUUUGGAUCCCUCGGAUUGAUGACCUCGAUCCUGAUAUGUCCGGAUGGAAAGACCGUGGAAGCAGAAGCAGCCCAUGGAACUGUUACACGACACUACAGGGUUCAUCAAAAAGGAGGUGAAACCAGCACGAACAGCAUCGCCUCAAUUUUUGCUUGGACUCGUGGACUUGCACAUAGGGCAAUGUUGGACAACAAUGCUGCACUCUUAGAUUUCACCAACAAACUAGAAGCAGCUUGCAUCGGUGCAGUGGAAAACGGGAAAAUGACCAAAGAUCUAGCACUUAUUAUCCACGGAUCCAAGGUUGCUAGACACCAAUAUGUGAACACUGAAGAUUUCAUUGAUGCUGUGGCUGAUGAGCUCAAAGCUAGACUUCUGAAACCAAAGAUUUAAGCUAAACUUAGGGAGGAAGACAGUUUGCAGUGUCUUUGAGGAUCCAUAGAUAAGAUGGCAAAGUCACACCAUUCAACAUGUGAAUUUACUCUUUAUACUAUUCUACUCCGUCUCCGGCCGCUAGAAGAAAAUAUAGAGGACUUCUAGUACUUUUUUAUAUAUAAAAUUAUCGUUGUGGAUGGUGGCGAUUUAUAUUAUAUAGCUGAUCUCAACUUGUUUGGUUUAAA